AUGGCUACGAAUACAUUAGCAUCCGUGAAUAUUAAUUGUAUUCCUGAUAAUCGUUAUGCAGUUAUUGGUGUCGUAAAUCAUAAACGAGCUCGAUUCGAAAUUGAAACAAAGAAAAAUGAACAAAAUGCUGAACAAACCAAAAGAAAUCCAAUUAAUCUUGUAUUAGUACUUGACCGCAGCGGCUCAAUGUUAUCAAAAAACAAACUAGAAUUUGCAAAACAAGCUGUUAUUUCAGUACUUGAUUUGCUUCAUGAUGACGAUAUUGUUCAUCUCGUAGCUUAUGAUGAUAAGAUUUUGAAUAUUUUUGAAGAUGCUCCUGCAUCAAAUCGUCAAGCUCUUUAUUCAACAGUAAGACAAAUUACAACUGGUGGUUCUACAAAUUUAUCUGGUGGUAUUAAAAGUGGUGCGGAUCUUUUUGAAAAAUAUCCACAUCCUGGUUAUUCUAAACGAAUGUUUGUCUUGUCCGACGGAUUAGCUAAUAUUGGUUUACAGUCAAAAGCAGAAAUCAAUAGAUUCGUUAAAAAUUACAAUGAAAAAGGUAUCAUUAUUGAUUCAUUUGGUGUUGGUGAAGAUUUUGAUGAAGGAAUAAUGAAAGGUAUUGCUGAAUCUGGUAAUGGGCAGUUUUUUUUUUCUUGA